UUUGAUAACUACGAUUUGUAUUAGUGUUACUCAUGUUUCCACUGGCCAUUUGUAAAGUUUUUGUCAUUAUUUACAUUUUCUUGAUCAAUUUUCCCGCUAUUCAAGUUGACAUCAGUGUUGGAGGGAACCAAUCACUUGAAGGCUUUAAUCACAUUUCAAAGACUACAUUGUCAGAUGGUGAGGUUUCAAUUAAAGUGAGAUGGAACAAUUUAACUGGAAUGGAAACAAAGAUUCAAAAUUAUCGACUACAACAGAUUACUAAUGGACAUGAUAUUUUACAAUUAUGGUACAUUGAUGACCAACUGGUUGAUUGUGAGUUUAGUGAAGAUCCGGAAACUAUCAAAAGGCUAACAGUUGAUCCACCAAAUGGGACUUGCCAUGAGCUGUUUUCAAAUUCAAGAGAUGGUGGAAAUGGAGGAUUACAGUUACAACCCGAAGCAAUGUUUGUCUCACAACGAAAUUUCCUGAUCAACCAAUGUGACCAACUUCAUACCUUAAUUCGCCGGCGAUUGAAGUCAAAGCGCUGGAAACGAGCUGAUUUAAUGACAUUUCCGGGAACAAAUUGGUGUGGCAAAGGAACCACAAGUGAUCACUUUAAACAGCUUGGCCGUCGAAGUUCAACUGAUCGAUGCUGUCGAGAUCAUGAUCACUGUAAAUACACAAUUUUGCCCUUAACUCGGAAAUAUCAUCUUUUCAAUUAUCGUCUCUAUGUUAUCAGCCAUUGUGACUGUGAUGAAAGGUUUCGCUCUUGUCUUCGUAUAUCAAACACUGGAUCAUCCAAUUUAGUGGGUAAAAUGUUUUUCAAUGUUGUACAAACCAAAUGCUUUGUAUUCAAAAAGGAACCAACAUGCAAGAAGAGAUCUUGGUGGGGAAAAUGCCUCAAAUUUGGAAAAAUAAGGAAAGCUAUCGUCAGAAAUGGAUUAUCAUUCUAACCAUUGUCACUUAAUCAACUUGAUUGAUGAUUUGAAAAAUGGAUCCAAAAGUGAAACUAACUUUUACCAAAAUCACCAAAUUACUUGCAUAUCUAUGCACACUUUGAUUGUUUUUUGAACCAAAUUUCUAAUCAACAUUCAACUUUUCAUCGUGUACAUGUCAUCAAUCAGCUAAUUACUUUUUGCUUCAUGGUCUUUAAAUAAAUUUAAAAUUUAAAUUAUUACCACAGUCAUGAUAUGGAAAAUCUAUGUAAUUUCUUGCAAUGAAAAAUGAUCUAUUGAACUGAAAGACAAUCAAAAAGCAAAACAUUUAACGAUAUAUUGCCAUUAAAUCAAAACCUUUUUUCAAUA